CCUGACAGGCCCAGGUAUUCUUAGCUGCGAAUAAAUGGGAGCCGCCUUCUCUUGGGGCUCGCGAAGUCGUCGAAUGGAAGAUAGCGAAGCCAGGAACGCGAGCAUCAUGGGAUUCGGAUACCGAGCAUGUGGGACGGAGUGUGCACUACACACUAGCGCCUAUAAGGCAAGUGGGCCACCACUGCGACGCUUCGCGGUCCCGUGAUUUGGUGAGCAACAUCACGUGCUAGACGCGUCGCUCGCAACCCGCGACGACUUGCCUCGGGGAGUUGAUACUUAGAUGAAGAGAGACAUUUGAACUACACUGAGCCUGAGUUUUCUCUCUUUGCGUAUUUCCACAUGCCACAGCACCGAGUUCAUUGCCAAUUCUGUGGCUCCGGAUGUCUUUGGCGCGAUGGACAUUGGACUUGAACCCAUGCCAGAAAUGUACAAAGCGAAACACAGACAAUGUGUUGAA